CCGCGCGGGCCCGGGCCCCGGGCGGCCGGACCCCGACUGGGUGGAAGCCUGGCUGGACGACCACCGGGACUUCACCUCUUCCUACUUUGUUAGAAAGGCCACCAGGGAAAUGGUCAACGCAUGGUUUGCUGAGAGAGUGCACACCAUCCCCGUGUGCAGGGACGGCGUCCGAGGCCACCCCGAGUCUUGCUCGUGCCCCUUGCCGCCCAGUCCCCGCGCAGACAGCAGUGCCCCUGGGACACCAGCCAGGAAGAUCUCUGCCUCGGAGUUCGACAGGCCCCUGAGACCCAUCCUCGUCAAGGACUCCGAGGGCGCCGUGAGCUUCCUGUCCGACGCAGGGAAGCAGGAGCAGAUGCCUCUCACCCCUCCACGCUUCGACAGUGACGAAGGGGACCAGUGCUCCAGGCUCCUGGAGUUAGUGAAGGACAUUUCCAGCCACCUGGACGUCACGGCCCUGUGCCACAAGAUCUUCCUGCACAUCCACGGGCUCAUCGCGGCUGACCGCUACUCCCUGUUCCUCGUGUGCGAGGACAGCUCCAACGACAAGUUCCUGGUCAGCCGGCUCUUCGAUGUCGCGGAGGGGACGACGCUGGAGGAGGCCUCCAACAGCUGCAUCCGCCUGGAGUGGAACAAAGGCAUCGUGGGGCACGUGGCCGCGCUGGGCGAGCCCCUGAACAUCAAGGAUGCCUACGAGGAUCCCCGGUUCAAUGCAGAAGUCGACCAAAUCACAGGCUACAGGACACAAAGUAUUCUCUGUAUGCCAAUUAAGAAUCACAGGGAGGAGGUCGUCGGUGUGGCCCAGGCCAUCAACAAGAAAUCGGCUAGUGGCGGGACCUUCACGGAGAAGGACGAGAAGGACUUUGCUGCCUACCUGGCGUUCUGCGGCAUCGUGCUUCACAAUGCCCAGCUCUACGAGACUUCGCUCCUGGAGAACAGGAGGAACCAGGUGCUCCUGGACCUGGCCAGCCUGAUUUUUGAGGAGCAGCAGUCACUAGAGGUGAUUCUGAAGAAGAUAGCGGCCACCAUCAUCUCCUUCAUGCAGGUCCAAAGCUGCACCAUCUUCAUAGUGGACGAAGACUGCCCCGACUCCUUUUCUAGCGUGUUUCACAUGGAGUGUGAAGAGGCAGGCUCCGCGGACACCUUGGCAAGGCAGCGAGAUGCUGGCAAAAUCAACUACAUGUACGCUCAGUACGUCAAGAACACCAUGGAGCCGCUCAAUGUCCCCGACGUCAGCAGGGACCAAAGGCUGCCCUGGACGAAGGAAAACACAGGAGCCGUGAGCCAGCAGCGCAUUACCAGUUUGCUCUGUACCCCCAUAAAAAAUGGGAAGAAGAAUAAAGUCAUAGGGGUUUGCCAGCUCGUCAACAAGAGGGACGAGAGCACGGGCGAGGCCAGGCCUUUCAGCCGCAGCGACGAGCAGUUCCUCGAGGCCUUUGUCAUCUUCUGUGGCUUGGGCAUCCAGAACACGCAGAUGUACGAGGCGGUGGAGCGGGCCAUGGCCCAGCAGAUGGUCACGUUGGAGGUCCUGUCCUAUCAUGCCUCGGCGGCCGAGGAGGAGACCCGGGAGCUGCAGGCCCUGGCGGCUGCCGUGGUGCCAUCUGCCCAGACCCUCAAGAUCACAGACUUCCGCUUCAGUGACUUCGAGCUGUCGGACCUGGAGACGGCCCUGUGCACGGUCCGGAUGUUCACCGACCUCCGCCUCGUGCAGCGCUUCCAGAUGAAGCAUGAGGUGCUGUGCAGGUGGGUCCUGAGUGUGAAGAAGAACUACCGGAAGCAUGUGGCCUACCACAACUGGAGGCACGCCUUCAACACUGCCCAGUGCAUGUUCGCUGCCCUGAGAGCCGGCAAGAUCCAGAACAAGCUGACCGACCUGGAGGUCCUGGCGCUGCUGAUCGCCGCGCUCAGCCACGACCUGGAUCACCGCGGCGUGAACAACUCCUACAUACAGCGGACAGAGCACCCGCUGGCCCAGCUGUACUGCCACUCCAUCAUGGAGCACCACCACUUCGACCAGUGCCUGAUGAUCCUCAACAGCCCGGGCAAUCAGAUUCUCAGCGGCCUCUCCGUUGAAGAAUACAAGGCCGCGCUGAAGGUGAUCAAGCAAGCCAUCCUGGCCACAGACCUGGCGCUGUACAUCAAGAGGCGAGGGGAAUUUUUUGAACUCAUAAGAAAGAACCAAUUCAACCUGGAAGACCCUCAUCAGAAGGAGUUGUUUCUAGCAAUGCUGAUGACGGCCUGCGAUCUUUCUGCAAUCACGAAACCCUGGCCCAUCCAGCAACGGAUAGCAGAACUGGUAGCAACUGAAUUUUUUGACCAAGGAGACAGAGAGAGGAAGGAACUCAACAUCGAGCCCACCGAUUUGAUGAACAGGGAGAAGAAGAACAAGAUCCCCAGCAUGCAGGUCGGGUUCAUCGACGCCGUCUGCCUGCAGCUCUACGAGGCCCUGACCCACGUGUCGGAGGACUGCCGGCCCUUGCUGGAGGGCUGCCAGAGGAACAGGCAGAAGUGGCAGGCCCUGGCAGAGCAGCAGGAGAAGACGCUGGUCAACGGGGAGAGCGGCCAGGCCAAGCGGAACUGA